CUGAAUUUGCCAAUUUUGGUUAACUGCCACACCUCACCAUUUCCAAAAAUUUGUUGUGUUCUUUCUUUUCAUGACCUAUCUAGCUUCCUCUCCUUUGGUUUUCCUGUGUUUCCUUCAUCCCCAAGGAAACCCGGAACCAACGCUGGGUUUCUCUUUGGAUCAUCAUCAUCAUCAUCUCUUUUGCUUUCCCCAAGAUUCUUGAUCUCUAAAAUAAAAAAAUGGCACCCAAUCUUCAGCGGUUGAUGAUGAUACUCUUCAUCUCAUGUUUUGGAAUCUUCAUCUCCCUUGUUCUUGCAAAAACAGAUAGCCAAGACGUUUCGGCUCUUAAUGACGCUUAUAAGAGCAUGAACUCUCCAUCAAAACUCAAUGGCUGGUCUUCAAGUGGAGGUGAUCCUUGUGGUGACUCAUGGGAUGGCGUUACUUGCAAGGGCUCUUCUGUUACUGAAAUAAAGGUGUCGGGACGUGGACUCAGUGGAUCUUUAGGUUACCAGCUCGCAAACUUGAAAUCACUCACUUACCUUGAUGUAAGCAAGAACAAUCUUAACGGAAACUUACCCUAUCAGCUUCCUGAGAAUCUUGUUUAUCUAGAUGCUUCUGAGAAUGACUUCAACGGUAAUGUGCCAUACUCUGUCUCUCUCAUGAACGACCUCACUUACCUAAACUUUGGUCGUAACAACCUCAAUGGUGAACUUAGCGACAUGUUUCAAAAACUUCCAAAACUUGAAACAAUUGAUCUGUCUUCUAAUCAACUCACAGGGAAGCUACCACAGAGUUUUGCUAAUCUAACAGGACUUAAAACAAUUCAUUUGCAAGACAAUCAAUUCAAAGGCUCUAUAAAUUCACUCAGAGACCUCCCUCAAAUCGAUGACGUAAACGUUGCAAACAAUCAGUUUACUGGUUGGAUCCCAAACGAGCUCAAGAACAUUGGAAACCUUGAAACUGGAGGAAACCGUUGGUCAAGCAGUAGACCUCCCUCACCACCUCCGGGGACUCGCCGUGUAGACAGAAACUCAGGAGGUGUUGGAGUAAGCAACAAGGCUCUGACCACAGGACUUAUAGUAGCAGUAUCUACCAUAGGUGGACUCAUUUUCACAGCAGGAGUGAUUGCGUUGUUCACUAGAAGAAAGAACUCUCAUCAUUCUUCUCACUUUUUCGACGAAGAGAAAGGAGGAAACAACCGAAGCAAACCGCUCUUCACGCCACAGCCUUCUCAGGUGCUUCAGUACGACUCUGUGGAUGACUUCAGAGGCCAGAAGACCGUUGACUCUAAUGCUUCGACAGAGACAAAGCCUUCUGUUAGAAGAACAUCUUCUGUCAGUUUCAAGAACUCUCCUACUUUCCACCUCAUACCUUCUUCUACACCGGUGGUUGCAGCCUCUGGUCGUUUCUCUAGCCUUGAAGACUCUCCUGACACACGCGGCGUCAAAGCGUUUACGCUCGUGGAGCUGCAGAACUCUGCUUCUGGCUUCUCGCCUAAUCGCCUAAUCGGUGAAGGAACUCUUGGACGUGUUUAUAAAGCUAAAUAUGAAGAUGGAAGGAAAUAUGCAGUGAAAGAGAUUGAUUCUUCACUGUUAGGGAAAAGGAAUGUGGAAGAUUUUUCACACAUAGUGUCCAACAUCUCCAGCAUUCACCACCCUAACAUGGCUGAGCUCGUUGGUUAUUGUUCAGAGCAAGGAAGGAACAUGCUUGUUUAUGAGUAUUUCACAAGUGGAUCACUUAACAGGUUCCUUCACCAGACUGAUGAUUUCAGCAGACCGUUAACUUGGAACACAAGAAUCCGAAUUGCUCUUGGAACUGCUCAAGCUAUAGAGUACCUUCAUGAAGUGUGUUCACCUCCAUUAGUUCACAAGAACAUCAAGUCAUCAAACAUUUUACUGGACAGUGAUCUAAUUCCUCAUCUCUCAGACUAUGGCUUGGCAAACUUUCACCAUCGGACAAGUCAGAAUCUUGGAGUUGGAUACAAUGCUCCAGAAUGCACAGAUCCUUCAGCUUACACAUUAAAGAGCGAUGUCUACAGCUUUGGUGUGGUGAUGCUGGAGCUGCUAACCGGUCGAAGGCCUUAUGACAGUGAAAGGCCCAAAGCAGAACAGUCUCUGGUUCGUUGGGCAAAGCCGAAGCUUAAAGAGAUGGAAACUCUAGAGGAGAUGGUUGAUCCUGCGUUGUGUGGACUAUACGCUCCAGAAUCUGUCUCGGCAUUUGCGGAUAUAGUUUCCAUCUGCGUAAUGUCGGAGCCUGGACUUAGGCCACAAGUGUCAAAUGUGGUGGAGGCACUGAAGAGGCUAGUAUAGUCUAGUGCCUCAAGUUGUGUAUGUUCUGAAGAAAAGAAGAAGAAGAAGAAUAACUCUUUUGGAGAUUUGUGGUUAAAACCUGAGAAACUUGUGAUCAAACUCGAGCUCUCAAAAAGCUUUUGGAUUCAGGUUUGUGUAGAGAGAAAAGGUGGAGGAAAAGAGAGAGACAGAGAUUGUAUUAUUCAGUUUUCUUGUUUUUGUUUCAUCUAACGUUUAGGUUAAAUCUUUUAUACAUUUGAGGAGAAGUAAAACAAAAGAAAAAACUCGUAA